AUCUGAACGCAAGUUGGAUUUCUGAUGUUGAUCGUGGCCAAGUGUCUCUGCCUUCCCUGACCCAGUGAAUGGAUUGCUGUGACAACGCAAAUAUGUCCUUUAAUCAGUGAUGAAACAGUUCUCCAUCCCAUUCUCUACCCUGUAACAAGACCUCCUGCUCUCAAGUUACAGCUGUGCAAGAAUAGUUUGUGUUGAGCUAGGUCAGUGGUUUAUGCUUGAUAAACAUACAUAGUCAUUUCUGUGGGUGCUUAAGAUAUUUUAUUGUAUUUUGAUUCAAUAAAAACUGAUGUUAAGUAAACCACCUUGGAUUGUUUUGUUUUCUAUCCCUCAUAACUGAUAAUAAAGACAGUUCAGUUGUGUUAGUGUUAAGUAGGCUGCAUAACACGUUUGUCUCUGUUUUGCUUUUACAAUUUCUGCAAAAGCAGAAUGUGUCUUCCUCCUCCUCCUCCUCCUCCUCCCCCCCUCCUGUCAGUGUCAAGUGUUUUCUCAGGGGGAAUGAGAGCCUGCUGCACGCACAUCCAGGCACCAAGGCCAAACAGCAGUGCUUUCAGAAAUGCUCAAGGAUAUGGCCUGCAGCCCAGAGAGAGAUUUUUUUUUCUUUUGUUGUUGUUUUUUGUGAGAACUAAGCAGACAAUACAACAUAUCUGCAGAUUGUGGAAAGUACCCUGCAGUGAUCACAUUACAUAAAUAUAUGACGAAUACAAGAGGCUCGCAAAUACUUGCCAGUAUAUGGGAUUUUACAACUGUUGGUAUACUGGGUGAUUUUUAGGUAAAUAUACCUGCUUUUAUUCUGAAGAACCCAUUGCACAACCGGAAGUGAUAGCACGCACUUCCUGGUUUUCACACAUGUAUGAGCUGCCUCUAAGUGUACUCAUUUGUUCGUUAUUUAUUUUGUCUACCCGCUAACAUGCAGAUCUGCAGUGUGUGCAGCGAACAGACGCCGAAAUACAGAUGUCCAACCUGCAACAUAAGAUAUUGUUCACUUGGCUGUUACAAAAGGCAUAAAGACACUUGCCUUCCUGUUAAGCAGCCUACACCUAUUGAACCUGAAGUCAAGGAUGCUUUCAACACUGAGCCGUGGACUGUUGAGGAUCUUCUGCAUGAGAAUGACAUCACUGACAAAGUGUCCCUGCAGAGGCUCCAGCUGUUAGGUCAGUCAAAAGAGCUGAGGGAUCUUCUUUGCAACCCCCAUCUGAGACAGUUAUUACGCUCUGUUGACAGUGCAGACGGCAAAUAUGAUGUAAUGAAGACUGCCAUGCAGGAGCCUCUGUUUGUUGAAUUUUCAGAUCAGUGUUUGAAAAUUGUAGAAAAUGAACAGAGAUAUUUUACAUCCAAUGAAGCUGAUUUGUAAAACCAUACCUAUCAGAUGGUGCCCUUUUUUUAAAUAUAAAAUGCCUCACUGUGCUACGCGUAUUGUGUAGUUACUAUCAUUUUUGUUGAUCUAACUUCCUGUGCCAUGUCAUGCUACCGUUUGUGUAUAAUAUUCAAAUAAACGUUGAAAUGUUUUGAAA